AUGAGGAAAUCGCCGACCCUUCGUCCUGUAUACAUCCUCCAACCGGAGGCGGUAACCGAAGGAGGCAGAGGCCACCGCCGAUACGACCGAGGGAGAUCCUUUUCACCUCCUAAAUCGAAUCACAAGCAUCCUUCGCCCAAUGUAACAGCAUCCGUAACACAUCAACAAGUGGUUGCCACCCCUAGGCAUUUUAGGUAUAAAGAAGGCGUUCGGAAAAGCUUUUCGUCCGAGCAACUGUUUGUUGGGGAGAGAGAGCAACAUCACGAACCGUAUUCAUUUUCCUUAUCUAGUAGAUCAUCAACGACUUCAACGGGUUCUUCCACAAAAAGUGGCACCUGGCAUAAAGAAUUGAGGUCAGGAAUUCCAGUGCCUAUUACCUCAGAGACGAAAUUCAGACUGCGAACAAACGUUACAACUAAUAAUGUUGCUGGUCCCGUUAUAGCCCGUAGGUGA